AUGGAACCAGCACCUCAAACGCAGAACCUGACCUGGACAAGUUCACCGUGGCCCACGCGUAAGAAAGCAUUCUCGCGACGGUCCCGCAACGGGUGCCGAACCUGCCGAGCUCGCCGAGUCAAAUGCGAUGAAACGCCGGGGGCGUGUGACAACUGCACGCGGACCGGACGGCAGUGCGAGUAUGAGCUGCACCGGAUUCCCGAGCGCGCGCGCGUCGGCCGCGUCGUUGCGCCGGCGGCCCAGAUCUCGCUGCCGUGGAAGAUGACCUCGGACGAGCGACGGUGCCUGUCGUUCUUCCAGCACCGCUCGGUGCCCCAUCUGGCGUAUGAAAUCGAGGGCGGUCGGCGGCAGCGACAGGGUUUCCUACCGCAGCACCAGCACCAGCAGCAGCAGCAGAGACGUGGGCGCCGUGACCAGAACCAAUGGUACUUGUUCGCCGUGGAACAAGCCAGCCGGGCGAUCAGCAAGCUCAACGAGCGACGACAGUCGGCCGACCCGCACUUCCAGCGGGUGAUCCUGGCGUGCUGCCUGCUGUUCGUGAUGUGCGAGCUGCUGCACCAGAACCCGAGCCGGGCGACCUUCCACCUCCAAUGCGGGCUGCACAUCCUGCGGGGGAUGAACGUGCGCCGCCAGAGCAGCAGCAGCAGCAGCGGAGGGCUGACCUUCAUCGUGGCAAACGGGCCCAACCCGUACCGGGUGGAGGAAUGCGUGGUGGACGCGUUCGUGGGGCUGCAGAUGUGCGCCAUCUUCUACGGGACGCAGGAUCCGCUGCACUUCGACACGGAGCUCGUCUACCACCAACCCUACCACGACCUCUACCUGCACGGGGCCCAGGCCUUCCGGGACUGGGGCCACGCCCGCCAGAUCCUGACCCCGCUGCUCGACACGAUGGCCCUCUUCGUCGCCGAGAGCUGGUACCUCCGCGACGCCGAGAUCGCCGCCCGCUACGCCGCCCUGCACCACCGCCAGCACCGCCUCCUCGCCUACUUCACCCGCUACCUCCACCUCUUCCACGAGUUCUACCACCGCACCCUCCACCCCCGGAUCACAGUGGACCACGAAAAGCUCACCCGCGAAGCCCACAUCACGCGCCUGUCCUGCCUCUACUCCCUCCUCGCCAUCAAGAUCGCCCUCUUCAGCAAGGAGCGCCCGCUGCCCCCCCGCCUCCUCCCGGACUUCCUCGCCGUCCUCACCGCCGCCGAGGCGGCCAUCGCCCGCUUUCCGGUGGUGACCGAGUCGACCAACACCGCGGGUCGCCCCGCCGUCACCGCCCGCCCGGAGAUCGUCCCCGCCCUGUGCGUCGCCACCAUGCGCUGUCCGGACUUCGGGCUGCGGUGUCGCGGCAUCGCCGCCCUGCGCGGCUGGGACGCCCAGGAGGCGUUCAUGGGCGCCGCGUUCAAUGCGGAUCUGAUCGAGGAGGUCAUGAAGGUGGAGUUGUUGGUCCGGUAUCGUACCGGGGAGGAGAGGGUGUUGGAGGGGGUGAGGUUUGAGAUGGGCAUGGGCAUGGGCAGGAAGACGGGUGAGGAGGGCAGGAGCAGGAGCGGGAGCGGACUCCGCCCCGCCGCAGCGCGGAUCGGGUACCGCGGGAGCAACGGGGUGGAGCACGCCCAUUGUGUGGUGUUGGUGCGGAACGAGGCAACUGGCGGCGGAGCUGCGCGCUAUCGAGGGGUCGGCGGCGUGGCCGUGUUUGCGCAUCACUUGCCAUGA